UUUUGCUCCAGCUCAUCCCAGCCUGGCGUGGGACAGGGAAGAGAAAUGGCUGCAGUGGAGUCAGUCCAGGGGCCGGUGACCUUCAAGGAGAUGGCUAUGUAUUUCACCAGGGAAGAGUGGGCUCUGCUGGACCCCGCUCAGAGAGCCCUCUGCUGGGAUGUCAUGCAGGAGAACUAUGAGACGGUGGUCUUGCUGGGCCAGAGAAUAACAUCCAUGUUUCGCUGCAGAUCAUCUCGUCCUCCCAGGGGCAAGGAAAUGGCUGCAAUGGAGCUGGCUCAGGGGCCGGUGACCUUCGGGGAGGUGGCUGUGUAUUUCUCCAGGGAAGAGGGGACUCUGCUGGACCCCACUCAGAGAGCCCUCUAGAGAGAUGUCAUGCAGGGGAACUAUGAGACGGUGGUCUUGCUGGAGUUUCUGGUUUUCCAACGUGAUGUGAUCUCCCAGCUGGAACAAGGGGAAGAGCAUUGGGUCCCAGAGCUCCAGGGUUCAGAGGAAAGAGAGAUCCUGAGAUCUCCCCGCACAGAUGAGGAAACAUUAAACCAACUCAGAAUCUGUAAGUGCCUGAAGGAAACAUCUAGGAUGCCCUACAAAGCUCUUGGGAAGUCUCUCAGUUCAUUAUUGUCCGUAGCAGGGGUCGCAUCCGCAGGGUAAAUAUAGCUCAAGGCUUCCUAUAGAUGCUAGCAGACACCGGGCAGUAGCUUUCUCCCUUCCCCCUGUGAAGUUGGAUGGGAUGUGAAGGCUGAAUUGAUCCCCUCCUCUCUCCUGUUGGGGGGAGCUGAGUUCCUGAUUUUUAUUUGACCUCU